UCGGUGGAUAAUUCGUUAUUGUCGCUUGAAUGGCGGCGUCAUUGAAUUUUGAAGACGGCGCAUUUUUAUUGACUCCACUAUGAUUGAAGAUAGCUCGAUGUUUGACAUGGCCGACGAACUGCUGUUCUCAGCCCUUGGCCUUGAAGCGAAUUUCGAUUCGCCGGUGGUGGUGGCGCGGGACGAUUCGUCGCCAAAUUCAGCGAGUUUAUUCUCCGACUACGAGGCGACGCCAUGCACCACACCGUCCAGCGUCAAUUCCGAGCUGCUUGAAAACUUGGAGAAUCCCGCGAGCAACGCGCAGGACUUUUACACCGACUCCCUGUACUCCCCCGAGGUGUCUUGGAACGAGUGGGCGUCGAAUAAUCCACCACCUCCAGAGGACCUAAGCGACUUGAUGACGGAUUUGGACUGGUGUCUGGAUAAAGAAUGGAAUACCGGUCUGCCAGUGAGAACACCACUUUGCACACCCGGAUGCGAAGACUUUCUCCACCUGCAGUUGCCGAAACCUACGCAACAGCAGCCGCAGUCGCAGCAGCAGCCACAGCAGCAGCAGUAUUCGCAGCUCGAGGAGCCUCUCUUAGUUUUAGGCAUCGAUCUUAGAUCAUUAGAUGAUAAUCUCGUUAUGGCAUUAGAUUUUAACAAUAAUCAAGUGAACGAUAGCCUCGCGACGAAUGCAACUGACGUAGCUCUGGCAACUCACGAUUACACAACUCGCAACACCGUUCAAACGACCGACGAACGUUGCUUUCCAUGCACAUACCAAGGUUGUGAAAAGGUCUACGCAAAGGCAUCGCACUUGAAAGCUCAUCUACGCAGGCAUACCGGUGAAAAGCCUUUCGCGUGCACGUGGUCAGGCUGUGGUUGGCGUUUCAGUCGUUCGGACGAGUUGGCACGACACCGACGCUCCCAUUCCGGAGUCAAACCCUAUCCAUGUGAAUUAUGCAGCAAACGAUUCGCACGGAGUGAUCAUCUCGCCAAACAUCGCAAAGUUCACCGUAAAAAUGCUUACAACGCGCUCUAUCCUAGCGGUAGAGCGCCAAGAGGAUCAAAAAGAGUUGAAGAAGCGAACGCUUGACGUGAAUUAGAAGUGUGCAGACUUUGCCAAAAUAUUUCGCCAAAAGUGCCAAUUUUUUUAAGAUGCAAGCUAAUGAGAUUUUUUUAUACUGCUGCGAUAUUUUCAUACUAUAGUGCUUCAUUAGAAUUUAAGAUUUAGAUUUGUAUUUACAGUACUUUAGUGAACUGUAUAAGCCAUGACGUCUUUUUGACAGAUUUUUGUAUUUUUACCUUUGUGUAUUGAUGAAACCUAAUUCUUAUUUUGGUUUUUAUAAAAUUAGGCACGUUCAU